ACAAAGCCUUCCGUGCGGGAGCAACAAGCACAAACACAGGCAAGAUGGAAAGCGCAAACGCAGGACAUCUCAUGAGUUUAGCGGCUCUGCAAAGACAAGACCCGUACAUCAACAAGCUGCUCGACGUUACCGGACAAGUGGCACUUUACAACUUUAACGCGAAGGCUAAUGAAUGGGAGAAGACCGAAAUUGAAGGGACCUUAUUUGUUUAUUCGAGGUCUGCUUCUCCUCACCAUGGCUUCACUAUUAUGAACCGACUUAGCACUGAGAAUCUGGUGGAGCCAAUCAACAAAGACUUGGAGUUCCAGCUUCAAGAUCCUUUUCUGCUCUACAGAAAUGUCAACUUGGGAAUCUAUAGUAUCUGGUUUUACGACAAAAGAGACUGUCAGCGCAUAGCCCAGCUGAUGGUGAAGAUAGUGAAGCAGGAGGCAGAACAUGCCCAGAGACCGUCCCCUGAGCGAGCAGACACAGCCAGGACCAAUGGGGCCUCAGAACCACGCCCCAUUGACAUCCUGGAGCUGCUCAGCAAAGCCAAGGAGGAGUACCAGAGGGCUCAGGCCGGGGAGACAGAUGUGUCCACCACUGCAGAGCCCACUGUGAAAGCCGUGGUGCCCCCCACAGAACGCAUCCACACCACCCCUCAGGCAGACAAGCCCUCUCAUAUCGUGAAGCAGAUCACCGUAGAGGAACUGUUCGGUUCCUCUCUCCCUAAGGACCCCUCCCUGCCCACGAUGCCUAGCUCCAACCCUCCUUUGCCACCUACCGCUGCUGCCUCUGAUCCCUCCAGUGCUUACCUACAGACCCAGGGCUACCCCGCAGCCAACCCCCACCUCCAUGCUCCAAGACCCCAGCAACCUGCCGCCAUCCUCCCCUCUGCGUUCAACCUCCGCCCCAGCCCUGUGUUCCAGCCUCUGAGCCCCCAAGCGGAUCCUCGCUGCCCGGUUUCUCCGCUGGGCCCUCGUCAGCCUCCACCUGCCCCUCCGCAGCCUCAGCCUCCUGGGGCGUUUCUGGGACAGGAAAUACUCAAUUCACUCAAACCGGCAGUGAACACAGAUAUCCACAAACCCAUCCUCGCACCUAACUUCCUGCCCAGCAGUUUAGUCCCGCCCCACAGCUUCCAGGAACCUAUGGGGAAGCCUCUGCUGCCACACAACGACGCGCCCACUCUGGUUAAGCCUAUGUCGGCGGUGUCCAUGAGUCCGGGUCCGAGUGUGGCUGAGGCAUCUCUGCUCCUGUCCCCCAGUGUCUUUCAGCAGUCCAUCAGCAAACCUCCGCCUGCCGCUGUGGUCCCUCCUGUGCAUGUCCACCCCAAUGUCCACCCCAAUGUCCACCCCAAUGUCCACCCCAAUGUCCACCCCAAUGUCCACCCCAAUGUCCACCCCAAUGUCCACCCCUCGUCCACUGGGGACACCCAGCCCAGCCUCUGCUCCAAAGCACAACUACAGGACACAUUGGUACAUCUGAUAAAGAACGACCCGGACUUCCUGAGUGUGAUCCAUGAUGCCUACCUGCAGAGCCUUUCCAAAGACCUGAGCAACAUGAAGCUGUAGCAGGGCUCGUACCAGGAGCAGCUUCUGAGCAAGAACAUGUACAAGCAGGUCUCUCUCCCGUUGGGUUCUACUGCUCACACUGUACCAAGGACUUCUACGCACGUUUAGUUGUAUCCUUUGAAAAACUUGAACUGACCGCUUGACCACAGUUAACCUGACCUCCUAGCAGGCAGUUUUUGUACUUGAGGAUUUUGCGUAUUUGGGAAAGACUACUAGCUCCUGCAGCCUAAAGUGACCUUCUUUUUGGCUGAGGCUGCUGUCUUGUGUUUUUUAAAGAAGGAAGAGAACAUCAAAAUGUAACUUGUUUCUCAGAGAAAACAUACUUUGAGUCUUUCGGAUGACGCACUUGCAGCUACUGCCCUGAACUGCAGCUCAAUGCCUAUGAGCAGCACAUUUUGGACAAGGAUCAUGCAGUUUUGUUUUUUUGGGUUUUUUUUUUCUUCAAAGUUUUGGCUUUUUUUUUUUUUAUUCUUUUUUUCCAUUCCCCACAGUCUGCGCUUCAUGACUGAUUUAGCUGGAGGGGAUCGUGCAAUAGAUUACAACUGCAAUGUGUUAAUCAAUGUUUGUGGAAUGAUCUAAUGGUGAGACAACUAAAAGUUCCUAACAAAAGUUACAAAGACAUGUAAUUAUGAAAAGAAAGAAAAUGGCUGCGUUCACACUGGACUCUAAUCAGAAGGUUAAUCUGAUUGGUGAAACUGGUUUUAAAUACAUGCCAAUCCUCACGCACAUAUAUCAUACUUAAAAAUGUAGCGAUAUACAAGUCUGAAACACAGUGAGAAAAAACUGCUAGUGUAUAGACCUAUCUGCAAAUAUGCACUGCCUGAAUAUUGUGACGCGUAAGUACUAUAACACAAUUUAAUUUGUAAUUUUCUAAUUUAAAUGAAGAGAUGAGUCGUCGCUAUCACUUUAAUUCUGUGUUUAUUUUGUUAAGCCUGUGACUGUGUGGUGUUGCGUGGAGCAUCUCCCCUUCCCUCUCUGUUCCAUUCAUCUCUCUCAAAUCCACUGAUUAGUACCCACUGAUGUUUAGGCAGAUCUCAUUCAUGAGACACUUUGCACGGUCCUUUUAUGGUGAGUUGGAGGUGUGGAGAGGGCGUGACAAGGGUUUGCAUGUGCAGAUUUCAGAUGCAGGUGCAAUCAGGAGUUUGCAUGGCACACUCCCCUCAUGCUCAUUCGGAGUACACACUUGGUUAGGAAAAUUUCUGCGCACUUCUUAAUAAAUGCCCAUGUUCUUGUGUGUUUGAGAGCCCCUGGUCUAGUGUGAAUGUAGCCUAUAUUCUACUACAGUUUAUUCUGGUCACAGAGUCUAUAUUUCAGUAUCUUGAAACAACUACUUGGGCUUUAAUCUUUCAAAACAAAGCAAAAAUCCAUUUUAUAAUUGAUAGAUGUUGCAAAAUGCACCAGGCCAUACAGCACAAUUUGUUACAGUGUAAUCAAAACAUUUUUAAUACAAAUUUUAGCUACACAAAAAGACAAAAUCACCGAUUUACAUCAUUAUGUUCAAAGUUAAACUUGAAUUCUGAAAAUAAAUAAUUUUUUGCAGUAAAAACUACUGCAGGGACCGUGACUGACCAUUAAGUCGCAUCUCGAAUUCAUGGUAAUUAUGACCAGAUUUAUGUUCAUCUUUGACUUAAAGAUUUGUUUACACAGCAGGUACAAAAUCACACAGUAGUUGAAUUAUUCAUAUUCUUGUAGUUAUUGAUGUUUUUUAUGCUUAAAUAUUCAAUCAUGAAUGCAAUUUCAAAUUUUGUCUUACCCAGUUUUGUUAAAGGUACAGGUUAUACUUGUGUGUGAAUGUACCUGCCUCAGAGAUUCACCGAUCCAGCUUUUUCUGUUCCGAUACCUAUGUCGAUACUUUGGCUUUAAGUAUCCACCAAUUCCCAAUUUUAACCAAUACCAGGACAAAGACAGAAAGUAUUUAUUUCUGCUAAACACAAACGGCGUAUGGUUUAUAAAAAGGAUCCAAAUGCGUAACUAUUUAUCAGUUAAUCCACCAAAAUCAAUAUCAGCACUGAUAUCUGAUAGCAGUAUCGUAUUGGUGCAUCCCUACUCUGUACCAGUCUCUUUCGUUGUUCACACUGUGUCAGCUCAGUUAGGACUCACAUUUCUGUUUUCUGAUUGGACAUGUACCUUGUAUUGGGGAUUGCUUUUACUCACGAUGGUAUUUUAAGAUUUUAAGGUUGUUUUACGCCUUAUCCUCAUUUCUCCCACAUGUCCAGAGAAAAUAUUGUUUUUCAAAAUGAUGUUAAUUUUCUCAGAUCUUUGUCUCUGUGUAAUUUUGUUUCUUAGGACUAUUUUGUGAUAUUAAAGAUGUAUAAAUAAGUCAU